AUGGAAGAAGAUGGUUCCAACUCAAACCGCCGCACGUCAAGCCGAACCCGAAAAGUUGCCUCCAAAAUGGUCGCCGCACUUGCUAGCUCCGACAACCGCACUCAAGCGGCUCUUGCACGAUUGGAUGCUUUGGAGAAUGAUAAUACCGGAUUCGAACUUCCAGAUCCCAAUAUUGACGAUGAUGAAGCUUCUCUAGACGACGAUGAUCAAGUGUUUAUGCAGAGAAAACAAUCUAAAGGCACCAAGAGAAAAACAAGACAAGCAAAAGCACUUGAAGCUAGGAAGGCUCCAAGAACAUUUCUUGAGCUCUUACAUGAUGCGAACUUGGAAUCAUUGCCUCCACAUGUUCCAACCUAUUGGAAAGCAGCAGUUGGGCCUCCGAGCUCGACCGCGCGGCGUCAUUUUUGUACUGUAUGUGGUUUCUCUGCCAAUUAUACAUGUGUUAGAUGUGGUAUGCGGUUUUGUUCGAUUCGGUGUCAAAACGUGCAUAAUGAUACUAGAUGCUUGAAAUUUGUUGCCUAA